AUGUCACCGCUCCACCAAGCCCUGCAAGCCCCCGGUACCCCUCAAGAAUUCACAGUUGAUCAUGCGACCCCCGGUAAUGGAACCACUCCAUUUCCAUUGAACUUUUCUUCGACAUAUCCCUGCUGGUUCGAGCUUCAAACCGAUUCUGGCGAUUGCAGAGUCGAAAGCUUCAAGUUCUUCAUCUUCGCCAAGGACCGCGAUCCCGACAAUCGUCUUCCGGCAACCUUCGGCCCCAGCGCAACCAUCAUCGCGACAGCGACAGCGACAGCGACCGAAACCGCCACUGGUACUGCGACCGACCAGCCGAGCCUUGGUACCGUACCGCCCCCCUUCGCCGACGCAUCCUCUUUGCCAACCCCAAGCCCUCCGCAACAUCCCGACCAACACUUCGCCCUCGGUGCUAGAAUCGCCCUGGGUGUUGGAAUCACACUUGCUUGCAUCGGUGUGGCUGCCAUGGCCGCCUUUCUGUACUUUAGGCGCCGGAAGAAACAACAGCAGGCCGAGCUGGCCGACGCCAUCGCCGAGCACGAGUAUAGACAGGGAAGGAGGGGUCCCGAGAAAAAGAUAUUCGGCGGGUUUUCGUCAUCGUCCAAAACGUCGUCGGAUGAUCCUCUAUACGAUACAGUUCAGCCAGUCUUUGACGGAUAUCCCGGAUCAACAGGCUAUGAUGAUGUACGGUCAAACGGGUCCAGCGACGUAUACGGCCAUUCCCCGGUGAUGCCCCAUUCACCUUCAUGGUCAUACAAUCAAGGGUUCUUGGGCCACGAUGCUGCGACAGGAGCUGCGCGGGAGAGAAGUACGGAAACGGGAGGACUUGGAGUCGGGCUUGGAGUGACGGAACACCAGAACCUGAGCAUCACCGGGCGAGAACUCGAAGCUGCCCGCGCGAAAACAGUCCAGCCGAUUCCUACGUCAUACGGGCCGAACCCCGUCACUCCCACGCUAACACCACGGGCAAGUUCCAGGGGAGACCUUAACGCACGCGCUGCUGCCGACUCAAUUUCCCUCGACAGCCGGCUUGGAGUACCCCCGAUGCCUCCCAUGCCCCAGUUACCUGCGGCCUCCGCAGCACCUCUUGGGGGCUAUUACCCCGAUUACAACAACUACGAACAGUACACCAUCCCCCCUCCAACCGAAGCUCCGACUCCAACGCCAGUCUUUGCUCUCCUUCCAGUUCCAACGACGUUCCCACAAACGAACCAAACCGCCUCACAAUCCCACCGACCAGGACCCCCGUUGAUCGUGUCAUAUGGACCCAAUCGAGUAACGCCGACGCCAGCUGUGAAUUCGCCUACAGUGCCUCCCGAUGAGUCCAUGAUUGAGAAACCACCCCGAGGAGUUGAAUUACAGGCCGAGCCCGCAUCUCCGAUGGAAAGGAGACAUCCAUGGGAGGAUAUUGAUCUCCCGAGCGCCAGCAACAACGGUCCCCUACCACCAUACGCAUCGACAGAGGAGUACGCUGCAAUGGAAAGCGGCGCGAUCCGUAAACUGGAGGAGCCAAGGGCGCAUGCUGAGCUGCCACCGACCAAGGAUGGCUAUUACCAUUCUACAUACGACAUUGUUGAGCACGAACUACCGGGCAACGCGUAUCAACGAGACCCUCUCUACCCGCAUGGUGGGCCAUCCGCGUCAGGACGUGGGAGGGAUAUUGACGAGCAGAAAUUCCUGCUGGAUGAUGUUGAAAUGGCGCACUUGAAGGCGCAGAAACAACGAAUCCGGGCUGAAAUGAAGAAGAAGGAGAAGCAGAAGGAGACUUAUCAGCAGGACCAGGGGCAGGAACAGGACUUACCUGUAGCGUCGGCAAGCUUCUCCACACGGUAA